GCCACGAUCAAGACGGAGAAGGCGGAUCCUUCAGGGUUUCUCGAAACCCUAGGAGGCACGAAGUCACCGGGGAGGACCUGGAUGCUUAUAUUCACCGCUCAGGGUGAAUUGGAUAAGGGGCGGUAUUUUCCUAUCACUGCGGUUCAACGAUUCGAUGCUGCAGCAAAGAGGAUCGAGAAUGGAGUUUAUCUAGGUCCCAUCGGAUGUCUGACCUUUGAAGGAAAACUUUCUUGGAAAAACAGGAUGUUGGCUUUCAUCUUUGAGUGCGUCCGUAUAAAGAUUGGACCUUUUGGCCCCUUGCAGAUAAAUUUAGGAGGUGAGGAUAGAGAGCCUAGUACCAAGGAUCCAUUCUUCAUUUGGUUUUAUAUAGAUGAGGAAAUUGCUGUGGCUCAAGGCAGAGGUGGAGGUAUUGCCUUUUGGUGCAGAUGUCGCCGUAUCACAUAGACUCAGUUGAUAUCUCAUUGUAUACAGUCCAAAUUCUCAUAAUUUUUAGUUCUGCACAUUCAUUUACUGAUUUCUGCUUAUAUUUGUACAUGAUUGAUUAUGGUUUGGAUUUAUACAUGAGUGGAAUGAGAAACCAUUCUGUGUCUUAUCUGUUUUGCAAUGCACACGUAACAUGCUUAAAGCCAUUUUCGUC